AUGGAUUCUCCCCCCUCCAACGGCAAGACGUCCAACAAGGCCUGCCACAACUGCCGCCGUCGCCGGCUCCGCUGCGACCGCUCGUAUCCGCACUGCAACAAAUGCCUCAGCGCCGGCAAGGAGUGCCUCGGCUACGGCAAGCUCUUCAGAUGGAUCGGUGCCGUCGCCAGUCGCGGCAAGCUGGCUGGACGGACCUCGUGCGCCCCCGACGACGCCCCGCGCAACCCCAAGCCGAGCAACCCCAGGUCGGCCAAGCCUUGCCUCGCCAGCCCCGACCGCGAUCAUGGCCAGCUCGUCUGCCGCCCGUCCACCGUCGACAUUGGUCCCGUCGGCACUCCAUGGACCCUCGUCGACCCCGUCUUCCAGGACAUCGAGCCGUCGCAUCGCCGCUACCUCAGCUACUUCACCCAGCGCCUGUGCAGCGAGCUCAUGCCGCUCGACUCGUUCAACGUGAAUCCCUUCUUCAACCUCCUCCCCCUCAGCAGAGUCCACCCCCUGCUGCAGCACACCCUCGUCGCCGUCUCGGCCUCUCACAUGUCCAACCUCAUCAAGCCUCGCCUCCUUCCCGCUGCCGACCCCAAUAGCUUGGCAACCCUCCCGGGCGUCGAGGAAUCGUCCAGACACGCCUACCAGCAUGCCCUUGCCGCCAAGCACAAGGCCCUGAGCCUCAUGCGCGACGCCGUCCAGCAUAUAGAUUUUGCCAGCGCCGACGUCGUGCUCUCCGCCGUCGUCUUCCUCAUCAACCUUGAGUUGAUCGACUCGGGGAAACAUGGCUGGAAAGCCCAUUUGAAGGGUGCCGGCAGGAUCCUUUCCCUCCUGCCGCCCGCCCUGCCCGGAAACGAAGACCUGAGAGACUUGAUGUUUUCAGACAGCUUGGUUUACUUCGUCAUGGGUUCGGCCUUCAUCCCGGCCCCCGCAUUCGAGGUCGGGCCCUUCUUCCAACCUUCUCACUUCCCAGACAUGCUCAAGAAAGCGGCCGCCUACAGCUAUAACAGCUGCCCGGCCGUUAUUCUCGAAAUCAUCUACGAGGCGUCUCAGCUGUCCAACAGGACCGGCGACCAAGUCGCCGAGGACGACAUGGCCGCCGCCGGCCUGAACCUCAUGCAGCGCGCCCGGGCCUUUGAUGUCGAAGAGUGGGCACGCAACGAGGACAACUUCCGCUCCAUGCGGGCCCCCGUGCUGCAGACUCGCUUCCACGCCGGAUCAGCCUUUCGACUGGCCGUCUGUCUCUACAUCUUACGGUCCAUUCCGACGCUAAGUGCCAUGAAGUGUCACGAUGACAUGGUCGACGCGCUUGCUCGCGAUAUCAUCUACCAUACUUCGAGCGUGCCCGACGACGACCCCAACCUCAAGGUCAUUACAUGGCCCAUCUUUGUCGUCGGAGCCGACACCAGCGACCCGGCGAGGCGUGAAUGGGUCCGGCAGAAAAUGCAUCUCCUCGCGGCUUCCUGCCCCUGGGGGUUUUUGUACACCGCCAUGGAAACGCUGGAGAAACUCUGGAACAUGAACCUCGCCGCCAAGGGGCAAAAGUGCUGGGUCAAGUUUCUCAAAGACAACGAGAUGAACUUUUUGGUCGUGUGA